AUGCUAAGCGCCUUGCAUUUAGUAGCCUACGGUGCAACUGGUCUUGCCUUUUGUUUUGUCGUAUUGAGUUUAGCUUGUGGUCUUUACUACCUCGCUGAAUUGGUGGAAGAAUAUUCUGUAUAUACCAAAAAAGUGAUCAAAUGGAUGACGGGUGUGAUUAUUUCGUUGCAUGUGUUGUUUUGGAUAUUUGAUCGCUUGCCCUUUUUUCAUCUGGCAUUUUCGAUUUUUUGCCACUGCGUCUAUAGCUUGAACCUCAAGAACUUCCCAUUCAUCAGUUUGACAAGCAUCCCAUUCUUGAGCAGUUGUGUGCUUGUCUUUGUAGAUCAUUUCUUAUGGUUCAAUUACUUUACAACACAUUAUAAACCGUUCAUGGACAUCGCCGCUUUCUUUGGUUUGUGUGUAUGGUUGGUACCUUUUGCUUAUUUUAUCAGUUUGAGUGCAAAUGAUAAUGCGCUGCCCACCAGUGAUCCUGCGUUUGUAGAUGCUCUUCCAAACCAGCAAAAGCAAGGUUUGAUGAAGACAUUGAUGAGCACGAUUGGCAUCAAGACACAAGACACAUCCAUGCCAACGACAGCAGCACCUCAAGACUUCAAUUCAACUUCCUAUACGCCAUCCGCACCUCCAUCCUCGUAUGGUCAGUCCAGCAUGGGCACUGCCUCUGGAAUCCAUUAUUCACCUUCCAGAGAUAUUCAAAACAGAAAGGCAUUGUAA